CCGCCCUUUCCCGGCCCCGCGGCCGCCGCUUUCCCCCCCGCGCCCGGCCACGCGCUGUGCCCAGCCGCCCUGCAGCCGGGCUCUGGCGGCCUCGCCAACCUGGGCAGCAGCGGCAGCUCCAGCGGAGCCGCCAGUGAGGGCGGCCACUCCAGCGACAGCGGAGACGAGGAUGCGCCGACCUCAGAGGAACUGGAACAGUUUGCCAAGGACCUCAAGCACAAGCGCAUCAUGCUGGGCUUCACACAGGCUGACGUGGGGCUGGCUCUGGGCACGCUCUAUGGGAAGAUGUUCAGCCAAACCACCAUCUGCCGCUUCGAAGCUCUCCAGCUCAGCUUUAAGAACAUGUGCAAGCUGAAGCCGCUGCUGCAGCGUUGGCUCAACGAGGCAGAGAACACGGACAACAUGCAGGAGAUGUGCAAUGCAGAGCAAGUGCUGGCCCAAGCCCGGAAGAGAAAACGUAGGACCAGCAUUGAGACCAACGUGAAGGGAACACUGGAGAGCUUCUUCCGCAAAUGCGUGAAGCCCAGUCCUCAGGAGAUCUCCCAGAUUGCCGAGGACCUCAACCUGGACAAAGACGUUGUCCGGGUCUGGUUCUGCAACCGGCGUCAGAAAGGCAAGCGGCUGCUGCUGCCCUUUGGCAACGAGUCAGAGGGCGUGAUGUACGACAUGAACCAGUCCCUGGUGCCGCCUGGUCUGCCCAUCCCAGUGACAUCCCAGGGCUACAGCCUGGCACCGUCCCCCCCCGUCUACAUGCCACCUUUCCACAAGGCUGAGAUGUUCCCCCCGCCUCUGCAGCCCGGGAUCUCCAUGAACAACAGCAGCCACUGAACAGCAGCGGGGGGCAGGCAGCAGUGCACGCAUCCAGAGGCAGCGUCCCCCCCCCAGCCCUUCCCCGCCAUGUGAGCGCUGUCCCAGCAGCGGCCCUGUGUGGGGUCAGCCCCUCCUGGCUCCCCCCUCCCUGUUACCUGCCUGGGGCCAGGGGGAGCCGCCUGUGCCAGGCCCCAGCCGAGCUCCUCUCCUGCGAGAACCAGAAAAAAGCAUUUCUUAAAUUGUUUUGGGGGUUGGGGGAGGGGGAUUUGUUGUUUCUGGUUUUGGUAUUUUUUUUAAUGGUUUUGAUUGUAUUUCUAGUUUUUGAAAGGUGAAAAUAUCUUUGUAGU